AUGGCGAGCGAGAAUUACACGCGUGAGGAGGAGAAUUUUGAGGAUGAGGAGCUUGAUGAGACCAGCUUCAAAUCAGUCAAAGAUGCUGUUCUCUUCGCCAUAGAUAUCAGCAACUCGAUGCUGGAACCACGGGUAUCGGAUGACUCUAAGAAGUGUGUUAAGGAAUCACCUGCGUCUGCCGCCUUGAAGUGUGCAUAUCAUCUGAUGCAACAGCGCAUUAUCUCCAAUCCUCAUGAUAUGAUCGGCGUCUUACUCUAUGGUACACAAUCAUCCAAAUUCUACGAUGAAGAUGAAGAGAGCCGUGGCGACCUUUCAUAUCCGCAUUGCUAUCUCUACACUGACCUAGAUGUUCCAUCUGCACAGGAAGUCAAGGAACUACGAUCUCUAGCUGAGAAGGAUGAGGAAGCUUUGGAGAUCCUGAAGCCAUCGAGUGAGCCAGUUUCGAUGGCCAAUGUGCUUUUCUGCGCAAAUCAGGUCUUUACUUCCAAGGCUGCAAACUUCCUGUCUCGGCGGCUGUUUGUCGUAACCGACAACGACAAUCCACACGCAGACAACAAGGCAUUGCGGUCUGCUGCAACUGUUCGAGCAAGAGAUUUGUAUGACCUGGGCGUCAACAUUGAGCUUUUCCCUAUCUCUCGACCAGAUCACGAAUUCGACACCUCUAAGUUCUACGAUGAUAUUAUCUACAAAACAUCCCCAAGUGACGGAGAUGCCCCGACAUAUUUGAAACCAGACACAUACGAGUCCACAGCCAAGGGUGACGGACUUUCACUGCUCAAUUCUCUCUUGUCUAGCAUCAACUCGAGAUCAGCCCCCCGGCGUUCUCUAUUCUCAAACGUGCCCUUGGAGCUUGGGCCUGAUUUCAAAAUAUCCGUCAAUGGGUAUCUCCUCCUCAAAAAGCAAGAGCCUGCACGGAAUUGUUUCGUCUGGCAGGGCGGCGAGACUCCUCAAAUUGCCAAAGGCGUCACCACUCUCAUGGCCGAUGACACAGCACAUACAGUCGAAAAAGAGGACAUCAGAAAGGCUUACAAGUUCGGCGGUGAACAGGUCUCAUUCACAACCGAAGAACAGCAGGCAUUGAGACAUUUCGGCGACCCAGUGAUCAGAAUUAUUGGCUUCAAGCCAUUGUCUGCGCUGCCAUUCUGGGCCAACAUCAAACACCCUUCAUUCAUCUAUCCUUCGGAAGAAGACUACGUAGGCUCAACCCGAGUCUUCUCUGCAUUGCAGCAGAAACUACUCGAGGCUGAGAAAAUGGCCCUGGUCUGGUUCAUCCCCCGCAAGAAUGCGUCGCCAGUCUUGGCUGCCAUGAUUGCUGGAGCUGAGAAACUCGAUGAGAACGGAGUACAGAAGACCCCACCGGGCAUGUGGAUUAUUCCUAUCCCCUUUGCGGAUGAUGUUCGCGAGAAUCCGGAGGCUACCUUGAACAAGGCGCCAGAUACGUUGAUUGAUUCUAUGCGUGAAGUCAUCCAGCAGCUACAGCUUCCGAAGGCUGUGUAUGAUCCUUCGAAAUAUCCCAACCCUUCACUCCAAUGGCAUUAUCGUAUUCUACAGGCCCUCGCCCUGGAAGAGGACAUGCCCGAAACUGCAGAGGACAAGACGAUCCCCAAAUAUCGACAGAUUAACAAGCGCGCCGGCGAAUAUGUCCUAGCCUGGGCGGAGGAACUAAAAGCCCAAUCAGCCAAAAUGUUUGGUGGAAUCGCAGCUACAAAAUCGACAUUGGUGAAACGAGGUGCUAAAGAAGAAAACGCCGAAAGUCACCCAUCGAAGCGUGUCAAGGUUGAAGGUGAUGGCACCGACGCGGAUAGUGUGGUCAAACAAGCCUCUGAAAAGGGCACCGUGUCCAAGUUGACCGUAGCUGUGCUCAAGGAGUUCUUGAAUGCUCAUGGCCGUGCUACAGCUGGCAAGAAGUCAGAUUUAGUGGAACGAGUUGAGCAGUACUUCGAAGAGAAGUUCUAA